AAAAGUGUAGGACAAAAGGUCCCAAUUCCUAUACACGCCGUUCCCCAAUUUUGCCUCGAACAGCAGAGUUGUAAGUCUGUAAACAGAAAGAUGGAAGAGCAGCAGAACGAAGCAAAAGAAAGCUCAUCAUCCACCACCACCACCACCGCCACCAGCCCGAAUACCCAUCUCCGAACGUCUUCCAACACCGCCUGUCGCAACUGCGGUGGCCCAACCACCUUUACACCACCACCCAAAUGGUCCGAAGUCUCUCCCCCUCCUAAUUACCGCCCCAUCCGUUCUUCCGCCAUCAAUCUUCCUAUAAACAACUCCCAACAAGCCAUCAUCCUCGCCCCUGUCCCGCAAUCCCAAAAAGUCCACACCAUCUCUCCUCCUUACUUCUUCCAAGUCCCAACCAAGAAAAUCACCCACCCAGAUGACAUCCGCCGUUUCCACGACUCUGAUUCCGGCAAGAACUUCCUCGGCUUUGUCGUCGCCCUAAGCGAGUCCAUCCGUGGCCACAAGAUUUCUGACCACUGCCACCAAUCCCUAACUCUAACUUCCAUCCUCUCCCUCCUCCAAACUCUCUUCCUCUGGGUUGACGAGAUCCCCCCUGUCCAGCAAUCCUCCCGAUAUGGUAACUACUCGUAUAGGGUUUGGCACGGCCGGAUGACCGAAAAUGCUGAAUCUUUGAUGCUCCAAUUCCUCUCCGACGAUCUACGGUCCGCCACCAUCGAGAUUAUCCCCUACUUCACCGAUAGUUUUGGUAAUUCGAGCCGCAUCGACUACGGUACUGGUCAUGAGACUAACUUUGCGGCUUGGCUUUAUUGCCUGGCUAGGCUGGGCCUUCUCAAGGAAGAGGAUUACCCCGCUGUUGUUUCUCGGGUGUUCGUUAAGUAUCUGGAGUUGAUGAGGAAGUUGCAGACGGUUUACUGCCUUGAACCGGCGGGUUCACACGGCGUCUGGGGUCUUGAUGACUACCAUUUUCUGCCUUUUAUCUUUGGAUCAUCACAGUUGAUCGACCACAAGUAUAUCAAGCCCAAGUCCAUUCAUAACCAGGACAUACUUGAUAAUUUUGCGGACGAGUAUCUUUAUCUCUCGUGCAUUUACUUUGUGAAGAAGGUUAAGAGAGGGCUCUUUGCCGAGCACUCGCCAAUGCUGAAUGAUAUCAGCGGCGUGCCCACGUGGAGCAAGGUGAACAGCGGUUUGCUCAAGAUGUACAAGGCGGAGGUGCUGGAGAAAGUUCCCAUCAUGCAGCAUUUCCUGUUUGGAUGGCUCAUUAAAUGGGAGUAGGUUAAUGAAUCAGCUAAGUUGGACAUUUGCUGUGUAAUAAAGUUCAGGACUCACAUCAGGAUAUACAAAUAUGGCUGGAAGUUGUGUUAUUGGGGUUAUAUAUUGUUUUUGGUGAUACACAUUAGGUAAGUUGUUUCUCUUUGUAGUCUUGUUGUAUUGAUUAACAAUGCAGAUCUAGUUUUGGAAUCUUUACAGUGAUUGGGUUAUUGAAUCAGCUUGGUUGGACAUUUGCUGUGUAAUAAAAUUCAGGACUCACAUCAGGAUAUACAAAUGUGGCUGGAAAUUGUGGUAUUGAGGUUAUAGACUGUUUUUGGUGAUACACAUUAAAGUAAGUUGUUUCUCUUUGUAGUCUUGUAGUACUGAUUUACAGUGCAGAUCCAGUCUUGGAAUCUUUACAGGGAAUGAGUUGAUAAAUCAGCUUAGUUGGAUAUUUGCUGUAGAAUAAAAUUCAGGACUCACAUCAGUGUAUACAAAUGUGGUCAUAAGUUGCGUUAUUGAGAUUAUAGAUUGUUUUUGGUAAUACACAUUCAUGUAAGUUGUUUCUCUUUGUAGUUUUGUAAUACUGAUUUGCAGUGGACAUCCAGUUUUGCAUCA